CAGCAACAACAAUCACUAAAUUGGAAUUCCACGAUCCAACAACAGCCACCACAGCGAUACAAAAAAUCAUUUGUCCCGGAUGACUGGACCGUCUUCACCGAAGACAUUAGUCUAUUCUACGCAGGCAAAACGCCUUGGAUGGCAAAAGGAGCACUUUUCUUUCCGUGUGCUUUACCGGCUGAUGGAAACGUAGAUUUAUGUAUUGCGUGGAAAGACAAAUUAUCAAAACUUCAGUCUAUUGAAAUUCUCGAGAAGAUUGCAAAAGGGACUCAUAUAGAUACGAAGGUGCUUAAUUAUUACAAAGUGAAAGCAUUCAGAGUAACACCAAAAGCUAAAGAAGGCAUGAUCAGUAUCGAUGGCGAAAAAGUUUCGUUUGCCCCGUUUCAGGUGGAAGUUCACGAAAAACAAACAACCAGGGCCACCACCACUUCCGCCACCACAAAUCCCAUGAAAAAGCAAACGUCAGACCCAAGGCCAUCCCAGCUAAGACUUGUCCUCUUGUAUGAUGUCCCAAUUCAACACGCGACCACACAACAGAAAGAGCAGUCAUCACAAGAAUUACAAGCAGUAGGAUUUUUGUCGACAUCCUUAUUAAGACCGAUAUCAUUAUUACCGAUAGUUGUUGGUGGCAAUGAUCGAUUUGGACGCGAAAGAGAAACAAAUAACAAACCUAAUAUAGUGGUGAAUAUAAUAAUCAAUCGACCGCACAAUAUACAUCCGCAACCGCCACAUCUUCCUUCGCUUCAUCUAUACCGCGCUACACUUCGAUUUAUACGAAAUCCCAAACAAUUUCCGUUUCAUUAUUUACGCGAAAAAACCAAAUUCAACGUACGCGAACUAUUCGAACUGUAUCGCGAAGAAAAAGAUAUAGAGCAAGUAUGGAGAUUAAUCGAUCGUGGGCAACAGGAUUUAGAGUUUUUGAAAGCUUGGAUGUUUGUCGAGCCGGAAAUUCGGGAUCAGAUAUUUAGAGGAUUUGGAUCGGAGAAGAAAAAAGUAUGA